AGCAAAGAUUUGGGUUCAAGGUGGAAGAAUAUUUAAAAUAAUAAGGAGCUAUUAUAAAAUGAAGAUGCUGUUAAUACCAUUUAUCGUUACAACAUUGCUAUUUAGCGCUGGAGCUGUUGACAGAUGUGGGGACAGAUGUACAUCUACUCAAGUAUGUACAGAUGAUGGAAUAUGUGUAAACAGAACGGACUUAGUAAAAUGUGAUGAAUGGCCUUUUUCGUACUACUGCCAAAAGGGGUACGACUGCUGCGGCCUUCGGGGCCUUCAGGGGAUUUGUAUGCCAGCGGGAGCUGUAUGCUGUGACAGCAUUUCCUAUUGUCCGAGUGGCCAUACUUGCUGCGGGACAAUGUAUUGUUGCAAAGCGGGAACCUUCUGUGUUGGAAAAGGGCAGUGUGUUUUAGAUAAGUAUUCAACUCGGAAGCCAAAUGGAACGAGAACACCUUUUAAAACUACAAGAACAUUAUAUCCAACAACAAGAGCAAGAACACCUUUUCCAAAUAAGACGACGAGGUGGUAUUAUAAUGAUCACACAACCAGGAGUUCAUUCCGAAUAUCACAUACAAGUACGUUACGAUGGUGGUAUGGUGUUAUAAUCGGCGGUGUUGUUGUUACUGUGGCAAUCAUCAUCGCUGCUGUCAUAUGGAAUCACAGAAACUCUGCAUCAAAUGCGCCAGGUCAUUCAGGUACUGGUGGAAUGGUGCUGACCGCUCCGGCACAGAUCUAUGGGCAAUCACCUGGAAAUAACAUGCCUACACAACCACCAAAAUAAAAUAUGACUUUCGUGGUACCCAGCAAAGAUAGAUAAUAAACCGUUGAACCAAAGUUUGUCAACGAUAUUUACAUAGACAAUAGACAGGUGUAUGGAAAUCAGAUAUGUUAGUAGUGACAAAAUAUCUCCAGCACAAAAUUGGCCAAGGUUUUCAUAAUACAAAAAAUC